UUAAAGCCACCCUUUUGCCGCCACUCGCUUUUCGCCGCCUUUUGCCCCUCCAGCCGCUUCUCUUUCUUCCUCCUCCUCCGCCUCUCCGGCUGCAGAAGCUUCAGCAUGUCAGACAAGCUCCAGUACAAAGUUGCUGACAUCAGCCUUGCUGAAUGGGGUCGCAAGGCCCUGGAGAUUGCUGAGAAUGAGAUGCCUGGUUUGAUGAAGAUGCGGGAGAUGUACUCUGCAACAAAGCCACUCAAAGGUGCUCGGAUUGCUGGUUGCCUACACAUGACCCUGCAAACCGGGGUUCUGAUUGAAACUCUGGUAGCUCUGGGUGCCGAGGUGCAGUGGUCCAGUUGCAACAUUUUCUCCACUCAAGAUCAUGCUGCUGCAGCUAUUGCCAAAACCGGGAUUCCUGUGUUUGCCUGGAAAGGGGAAACGGAUGAAGAAUACAUAUGGUGCAUUGAGCAGACCCUCCAUUUCAAGGAUGGGCAGUCACUGAACAUGAUUCUUGAUGAUGGUGGAGACCUCACCAGCUUGGUUCAUACUAAAUAUCCACAGCUCCUGAAAGGAAUCAAAGGAAUAUCUGAGGAAACAACAACUGGAGUCCAUAAUCUCUAUAAAAUGCAUACCAAUGGGACUCUGAAGUUGCCAGCUAUCAACGUUAAUGACUCUGUCACUAAGAGUAAAUUUGACAACCUCUACGGGUGCCGGGAAUCCCUCAUUGAUGGAAUUAAACGUGCCACAGACGUCAUGAUUGCUGGGAAAGUGGCCGUUGUGGCCGGGUACGGUGAUGUUGGCAAAGGCUGUGCCCAAGCUUUGAGAAACUUUGGUGCCAGGGUCAUCAUCACCGAAAUUGAUCCAAUCAAUGCACUGCAGGCAGCCAUGGAAGGUUACGAAGUGACAACAAUGGAAGAGGCCUGCAAAGAAGGAAACAUAUUUGUUACCACCACUGGAUGCACAGAUAUUGUGCAAGGGAGGCAUUUUGAGCAGAUGAAAGACGAUUCCAUCGUGUGCAACAUUGGGCACUUUGAUGUGGAAAUUGAUGUGAAGUGGCUGAACGACAAUGCCGUCAAUACUGUGAACAUUAAACCCCAGGUGGAUCGCUAUACGCUGAAAAAUGGCCGCCACAUCAUACUUCUGGCAGAAGGGAGACUGGUGAAUUUGGGCUGUGCCAUGGGUCAUCCCAGUUUUGUCAUGAGCAAUUCUUUUACCAACCAGGUCCUGGCACAGAUUGAACUCUGGACAAAUCCUGGCAAAUAUGCAGUAGGAGUCCAUAUUCUGCCAAAGAAGCUGGAUGAAGCCGUGGCGGCUGCUCAUCUGGAUAAACUCUGCGUGAAGCUGUCAAAGCUGAGUGAUAAACAAGCCAAGUACCUGGGACUACCCAAAGAUGGUCCCUUCAAACCAGAUCAUUACAGAUACUGAGCAGCUGAUAGGGCCCAAAGAUCUCAAGUCGCAAGGAUGGGAAAUCUUCCAAAGUGCUUGCUUCGCUGCUGGGAUUCGGUGAACAACUUCACCCCUUGUCAUCUUUCGAACCAUCCAAUGGUCGUUCCCUUUGUCCCACCUGUCUUUCAUCACCUUUUAUCUCUGCUGCAUUGCCCAGUGUGUCUCCUCUUCCAAAGAAACUCCCAGGUUGUCUUCUUUGUCAGAUAAUUGUCCAGCUGAUGGAUGUCUCAGUCACAAGGCUGUUGUGCCGGAAGGUCAAAAAGGACUUUGCAAGUUCAGUUCUUUGCAGAUCUGCAUUUCCAUGGUCCUGACCUUUGCAUCUUUGGAUACCUUUACCAUUAGGCUGAGGGGGGAAGGAGGAAGAUGCGUUCUACAAUUAUCCUUUUCUCACCAUUAGAAGAUGGUGUCAACACUUCUCAGUUGGCUUCAUCAAUACUUCAUCAUGGCUUGUGAACUGAAACUCAUGACUGAAUUAUUAUCAUGACUGAAUCACAGAAGUUGGUUUGAAUUUAGUUUGGUCAAUGUAACAUGAUCCACUUUCCAUACAGUCACCCUAGCAACAACGGCCUUGAAUGUGGCUGAGAAAGCAAUGUCUGGAAGCAACUUUGUCCAUGUGUAACUAGGGGAUUCCGAAAGCCUGGAGCACUCAGUUCCUCAAAGAUGCCAGCAGUGAAUGUCUGCCCGGGCCUAGUUUUUGUACCGUAUGCCUGUCAUAGUGUCUUAAAAUGAGUUUAUUAAAAAAAAUCUGCCAUAGUAA